AUGUCAGACACCAAUGAUUUCAAUAUUAAGGAGGAACAGAAAGCUUCCCAGGCUGUAAAAACCGACACAGACAGCUGCUCAAACGCGUCUAAUGCAGACCAAAAAUCGCCACAGACUACUCAGUCUGGCGCUGUGGACAAGGAAAAGCUAGCAAAAGAUCAGCUAGAAAAGGAUAUUGCCCAUUACAGAAGUGCCCUAAUCUAUGGACCAGAGAAUCCAAAUGCACGAUUUUGGGCUAUACGUGCCACUUCUCGUCGCAAUCGUUCUCUUAACAGAGUAAACACCGAAAUGAGAAAGACCAACGGCCUUAGGAAUGCAAUCUCAGAAGAAGAAUUUGGUAAAUCUGGUUCUGGAUCCCAGCCGCUGCGUCCUCCCGAGUCUGAAGUCCAACCGACCUUUUCCCCUUCUCCAUAA